AUGAUAUUCGUCUCAUUGUAUCUGCUCAUAGCUGUGCCGACUAAGCUGACAACUAUGUCGCGGUUUGCCAUACAUGGACACGACGUUUUGGGUGCAAUCCUUCAGCUCUUCUUCACUCUUGGUUCACAACCACAUCUUAUUUUUCCAUGCACUAGCAUGUACUUUACGGGACUGCUCACUCGUUUUGGUAUAAUGAGCACCCUAACUCAAAUGUGGGUUCAAGUUGCUGUAUUAGUUUUAAGUUCAUCGUUUUCUCUUCUUAUAACGAUCAACCGAGCUCUCGCAGUUUCGGUGAGAAUUCCUGAUAGAACGAAGGAACUCGUCUUACAACUCUUCUUCGCACAACUGAUAGUUCAAUUAGUUCUGCUAGCUGUUGUUGCGUUCACCCUUGAGGAUCACAACGAAGAAGGACGGAAGAUCUGUAUGAAAAAGAUCAAAGUGUAUCCCAAAGAGAUGGAUACCAUGAAUGGAGUGAACUUGGUUAUCAUGGCAGAUGUAGCGAUGAUCACAACAGUGAUAUACGUAGCGUUCGUCACGGUCGUUUACAUCAUCCGAGAUCAAGCGAAAUCAUCCCAGUCUGCUCAGUUCUUAGCCAACCAACGAAGACUCACAGUUGGUGUUUUAUCGUUUAUGAUGGCAGAGUUAAUUGGAUUGGCUAUACCUUUAAUCUGUCUCAACACUUGCGCUUUUUUUAAUAUAGGAGACUUAGUUGUGUACCAAUUUGCAAUGGUCAGCAUGUGCUUUUAUCCUGCCUUUGGAUCUUAUUUCGUGUUGAUGUCCAACACAGAUUAUAGGAAUAGGAUUCACUCCAUCUUCAGGAGAGCUCGAAAGCUGACUAGUCUCACUCGUGAUCAGACAGUCAGCAUAACGAUCUAG